GGUCCAGGUUGGGGGGAGCCGAUCCCUGACUGCUGGUUUUCCCGGAGGGAUCGGGAGAAUCCGCCGCCAUCCGUGGGAAUCCGCGGGAAUCCGGGGGCAUCCGUGGGAUCGGAGGGUCCGGGGACGGUCCCGCCGCCCCCCGAAAACAGAUGAUCGGUGGGGGGCGUCCGUCCAUCCCCAUGGAAAGCGUGCGCUGGGCCUUUCCCUGCGGCGCCUGGGGCCCGAGCCGCGCCGAAUGGCUCCUGGCCGCGCGUUCCGUCCAGCCCGAGGAGAAGGCCCGCAUCGGCCAAUUCGUCUUUGCCCGCGAUGCCAAAGCAGCCAUGGCCGGACGUCUGCUGAUAAGGAAGUUAAUUGCAGAAAAAUUGAAUAUCCCUUGGAACGAAAUACUCUUGCAAAGAACAUCGAAGGGAAAACCAGUCCUUGCAAAUGAUCUAUGCAGUACUCAUCCCAAUUUCAACUUUAACAUCUCCCACCAAGGGGACUAUGCAGUUCUAGCUGCCGAACCUAAGCGACAAGUUGGCAUUGAUAUCAUGAAGACUAAUUUGCCAGGUAGGGGUUCGAUCUCAGAAUUCUUUCGGAUUAUGAAUAGACAUUUUACGGCGAGAGAAUGGAUGUCAAUCAAGGCCUUUGACGACGAAUGGAAUCAACUGGAUAUGUUUUAUAGGCACUGGGCACUGAAAGAAAGCUUCAUAAAGGCCAUUGGAAUCGGAAUAGGCUUUAAACUGCAACGGAUUGAAUUUAACGCUUCGCCGUUGCAGAUGGAAGUAGGCAAAGUCUAUAGCGAGACAAGUAUGUUAUUGGAUGGAGAAGAAGAAGAAGGAUGGACUUUUGAGGAAACACGAUUGGAUAAGCACCACCAUGUUGCAGUGGCUCUUGGGAAACCAGAUGGAUCCAGGGAACAUCCUCCUUCUACUCUUUCUCAAGAUCUCAGGGGGCCAACUCAGUCCCAGUUCACUCUCCUGACAUUCAGUGACUUAGUAGCUGCGACGAUUCCUUUGACCCAUGAAGACCCUGCCUAUUGGGAAGGCUUCUGCUCCAAACAGGAAGUGCCAGCUUGAAAUCGCGCAAGUUCGUGAUCAUGCCAUCUUUCCGAGAAAAAUGCCUGGAGGAGGUAUGGUAGGAAAAUUUAGAAACUGGCCUCUGAAGAAGUCAGGAAGAGUCAUAAAACAUUACCCAGCCCCUUUUGGGCCCCCACCCCUCCCAGCUCAAACACACGUUCGCCUCUGACAUCCGAAGAGAAGUAUUGUGUGACAGUGAUGCAUCCUCAGCAGUGCCAAACUCUUCCCACCGGACUCCCGAGAGAAACCACGGGGAUCCCCUGCUUGCCACUUCACUUCCAACUUCCCAGUGCGUUAGAACUGCAAGUGAUUUAAGAAGCAGUGGCCCAGAAUUUCUGAAAUUUCACAAUGUUGGGAAGCUUUGGUUGUGACUAGAUUCUGCCUAGCCCGGGUGACUACAGCUCAAAGCCCCAUUAGAGACAUUUUACCCCUGAACCUGCCGGACUCUGAGUUCUGUUUUUUACAUUAUUUUUGUAUUCAUCAUUAUCAUAUCACCUUUCCUAUUCUGUCUCUGUCACCCCUUCCCCUCUCCACCCUCAACAACCUUUUUCGUAGAUGGUGAGCCCCUGGAGAGCCAAGGACUGGGCCUAAAUUUGCCAGUGGAUUUUUCUCCAGUGGUUAGCUCGAUGUUCCACAAUCAAUCAAUCAAUCAAUCAAUCGUAUUUAUUGAGCGCUUACUGU